AGAAGAUAAGGUAUUAAGCUAUAAGAAGAUAGUCCACGUGAUUGACUUUUAUUGUCAUUUAAUACUCAUUACUCAAUUCAAGUUUCAAAUUUAAUUGUUUUAAUAAAUUAACAAUUUUUGAUUAGCCACGUUGCUGUAGCUACGCUUUAACUUAAAACUAUGAAAACUAAAAAGAAGGCAGGAAGACGGUUAAAGCGAGAUUGGCGUAGAAAAAUUGAUGUGGCUGAUGUUGACACUUAUCUUGAUGGCGAAAGGUUGAAAGAACGCAUAGGAGAUCCAUUCAGUGGUAAAAAAGAUGAAGAAUUAUUUCAUAUUGAUACUGCUGGUAAAAAAAAAUUGAAAGGAAAACCAAAGAAAAAAACCUUAGAUAAGCCUUUAAAAUGUUUGUCAAGCUUACAAUCAACAUCUGCUGUUGCUCCUUUAGCUAAACGAAGUGUCAAAAAAAACAAAAAAGCGUUGAAGAUUGAUAAAGAUUUUGAUAAAAAUAUCAAACCUCUUAAGAAAACAAUUGUCAAGAAAAAGAAGUUAAAGGAAAUAAAUAAAUUACUUAAAUCUAAAGUAAAAAUGUUAAUAGAUACGCCAGCAAAAGAUGAUAUAUUUAAAAAGGAUUUAUGGACAAGUUACAGAGAGCCUGGACAAAAAAAAGAAAAACUUGUUAAAAAUGUGAUAAGUUGGAUACCAAAAGAAGCACUUCAACAUAAUGCUAAAGUAAUUCCUUCUUUAAGUUUGAAAACAAUGUCUCGGCCACGUCAAGGUAACAUUAAUGACACAAAAAUUCCACAUCCUGGAAUUUCAUACAAUCCGACUAUCGAAGAUCAUGUUACAUUACUUGAAAAUAUUGCUGAUAAAGAAAUGGAAUUUAUAAAACAUGAAGCGCAUAUAAAGAGGUGUACGCAAAGUUUGUUCAAACAAGUUUCUCAAGAAACCCAUGAAAAAAUAAUAAUUGAAGAACUGACUGAAGGUUUACCGGGUUUUAAUAAUGAAACAACUAUUGACGAGAUAAACGAAGAUACUUCAGAAUAUAAAGCAAUCAACCCACCUACAACUAGAGAUAAUCAGAAGACACAGAAAAAACGCAAAAUUCAGAGACGGUUACGUAAUGAAGAAAGACAGAGAAUGAAUGUAAAAAUUGAAAAGAAAAAAAUUUCAGAUCUUUACAAAUUACGUUUUAUAAAUCAAGAACUAGAUGAUUUGGAUCAUGUUACAAACAAGAAAAAAUUAAAAAGAUUACAAAAGAGACAACUUGGCAAUAUAAGCACAAGACGUUUAGGAACAAAUAAGUUUGUAGAAACAUCCGAUACAUUUGCAUUGCCAAUGGAAGUUAAAAGUACACUCCGAGAAACUGCUCCUCAAGGGAAUAUUUUUAAGGAUUGUUUUGAAAGCUUACAAAAACGUAAUGUAUUGCAUGUUGGAAAGAAACAACUUAGGAUCAACAAGAAAAAAGUGCAAGCAUUUAUGGAUCCAGCAUUUAAAGUACAACCAGAUAUGUUGGCAAAAUACAAUGUAUAAAAUAAUCUUAAUAAUGCUUUUACAAAUAUUUGAUAACAGUUGAAUAAUUUUAUUGUAAAAAUAUACAAUGGUUAUUAAAUUA